CUGCUUAAUCGAGCUAUCGUUGAAUUGCUGAGCAGAGAGUUCAGACAGUUCGACUACGCCGGGGACCCCUUUUGUUUAAUCAACAUUGUCAUAACAAUAUCAUAUUGCUGGUCGCGCGAAAAUACCUAUAGUGUUCUAUCAUGCAGUACUUGCCGAACGUAUGUUGGGCCACGGUCAUUAUAGUCCAGUACGUUCUGCUGUACGGUCUGUACAAUUAUGUACGCGAAGUAGACAACAGAUGUACGGCAGCAGUGACGGUUGGUCAUAGAUCCCGCAGGGAAGUCAACAUAGACGAAAAUUUCGUAUCUUCGUCAUCCUCGCCGUCGUCAUUGUUGGGAGCGAAAACCGAAAGAGAAGGCGAAAACGUUGAGUUCAUCAAUCCUAAUUUAAGGCCUAUUGUUGAGAAAGAAACCAACGACCACAACGCUGAUUCCUCUUUCAACGGUACACGUGAAGAAUGGUAUUGGCUGAACGCUUACUCCAGAAUACCCGUAGCUGCUUUACAAGGAUUCUGUGCUUCUACAAGAGAUUAUUGUCCACCAGGUAAAGAAGGUCCUACAGGUCCUCGUGGGGAACCUGGCCCUAAAGGCCUACCAGGUUCAAAAGGUGAUCAAGGCCAAAGAGGACCGAUCGGCGUUGAAGGUCCACGUGGUCCAACAGGAUUACCAGGACCGGUGGGUCCUAAAGGUCAGAAAGGAGACAGUGGAAAAACAGGGAAUUCGGGUUUGGACGGGCGUGAUGGUAUACCAGGAGAACCAGGAUUGGAUGGAGUACCAGGAAAAAAUGGGCUCGACGGCAUACCGGGCAAAGACGGGUCGCCAGGAUUGGAUGCAACUUGCUUAAACGGUACGGAUGGGAAACCUGGCGACAUGGGACCGAUGGGACCUCCUGGGCCAAUUGGCCCUAAAGGGUUAACUGGUCCCAAAGGCCGUCCUGGAAAACCUGGAUUGGAUGGUUUGCCGGGAAAACCGGGUCUUAGUGCUUACAAUUACUCGUUAAAUGGAGUACCUACUUCAGACUUCCUCGUAGCACCAACUAUUGUUGGGCAGUCGGACUUGAAGAACAUUACUGUCAACGAAGGCGAUAAUUUACGAUUGCGUUGCGUGGUCACGGGAAAACCCACACCGCAAGUCAAAUGGCAUAAGCUCGACACGUCUACGAUUCCUAUGGGAUCUUGGAAAGAGGAAUCCGUUACCGGACAUUCUAUUAACAUCACCAAAAUCAAUCGACUCCAUAUGGGACGGUAUAGGUGCGUAGCAGAAAAUGGCAUAGGUCCAGCCGCGAUACAGAAUUUUUUGAUUGAAACACAUUUUCCCCCGUUGAUUUCCGUGCAGAACCAACACGUGGCGGCUGCACUGAACCGUACUACUUUCUUCGAGUGCGAAGUCGAAGCUUUCCCCUACGCCGUACAUUACUGGGAACGUGAUGGCGAAAUACUGGAAAACGACGAUAAGUAUAUGAUUACCCGAAUUGACAUAUCCAACUACAGUUACAAAUUCAUAACGCAGUUGAACAUAACUUCGGUAAGUGCAACCGACAACGGUACGUAUUACUGCGUGAGCAAAAAUGACGAAGGCACCACAGCUGGCAACAUAACACUGUACAUAAUCGAUCCGACACUUGUAACACCUCCGCCGUACAUAGACCCUAAUAACAAGGUCAAAUUCGGGAAAAUACCACCGGAACUCGUGGGAGUGGACGACAUUUGCCCGCCAGUUAUUAUUUGUCCGACCUGCCCGAAAACAAAAGAAACCAAAGAGUGCAAAGAAGAGUUGACUGUAGACGAUUUGCUUGGUCAUCAACCGCUCGCUGUGUAUCAGUUGUUUAAAGGUUCCAUCAAAGGCCUCGCAAACCGCACUUUGGACUGUCAAGUGUAUGCUGUUGGCAAACCGGUUUUCAAUAAGUAUUCAAACUUUACGUUGGGAAGUUGGAUGAAAGAUCCGUCACCGCGCACAUCAAAUGAUACCAUUUGGAUAACGGCCAUUGAACAGCGGAGAACACUUUUUGAGUUUACGAAUAAAGCAGCAUUUAAAACCAACGGUCCAACGAAACAAUACGAUUUGAAUGUAGAGUUCUACGGUAAUGGUCAUGUCAUAUACCGAGGUUCAUUUUAUUUCCACGAAAGAAACACUGCUAAUAUUCGAAAAUAUGAUCUGCGUGAAGAGAACACUACAGAAAUGAUGAAGGUGCCGUAUUUAAAUGCUACUAAUCCCAACAACCUUUUGUAUACAACCAAAAUAAAUUAUUUAGACAUGGCAGUAGAUGAAAACGGAUUGUGGGCUAUUUACGGUUUAGAAGAUUCCAAUAACACUGCAGUGCUGCGGCUCAAUCCUGACAACUUGGCAAUUGAAUAUGGCUGGAAUGUUAGCAUCAAGCAUGAACGAGCGGGAGACAUGUUUAUCGUUUGUGGUGUACUUUAUGUAGUGCACAGUGUUACCGAGAGAAACACAACUAUCAGGUUUGCGUUGGAUUUAUACAAAAACGUCCGUUUAAACGAUGUCGAUUUGUCGUUCACCAAUCCGUUUGCACACACGUCAUUGGUACAAUACAAUUCACUGACGAGAGAAUUAUUUACUUGGGAUCAGGGAAAUUUGUUGACGUACCCAAUCAGGUACCACGACAUGGACAGUAACAGUACUAACGGCGAGUUAAAUACAGAAAUUAAUUUUAUGACUGGAAUAGAUUCUUAUAAUUAAUGACUAAUUAUUUCUAAUAAGGAAUAUCUGUAAAAAAAUUAAAUAGAAUAAUUGUCAUUGUUAUAUUUUGGUCACCGUCAAAUAAAAAAAGCUAGUAUCUUGUAAAUAGAAAGCAGUUCAUUUCCUUAUGCAUAAAAAUGAUAAAUAUAUUUAAUUAAUUA